AGACAGUUCGAGAAAAAAGAAAACGGGGGUUAAGUUGAAAAGACAUGGCGCAAUCAACAUUGAGAGCGAAGGAAGAAGAACAGUACUCGUUUGUGCUGUUGAGCGGACACAGAAUUCCUGCAGUUGGUUUGGGGACAUGGCAAUCGGGUUCCGAAGCUUCUAACUCUGUCGCCACCGCUGUUCUUGAGGCUGGUUACCGACACAUUGAUACUGCAUGGGAGUAUGGUGUUCAAGAAGAGGUGGGGAAAGGUCUUAAGGCAGCCAUGGAAGCAGGAAUUGAAAGGAAUGAUCUCUUUGUUACAUCCAAGCUAUGGUGCAGUGACCUCUCCCCCGAAAGGGUCCGUCCGGCACUGCUAAACACCCUUCAAGAGCUUCAACUUGACUACCUUGAUCUUUAUCUGAUCCAUUGGCCGUUUCGACUAAAAGACGGAGCCAGCAGGCCUCCAAAGGCUGGAGAGGUUUUGGAAUUUGACAUGGAAGGUGUGUGGAGAGAAAUGGAGAAACUUGUAGCACAAGACCUGGUUAGAGACAUUGGAAUAAGCAAUUUCACAUUAAAGAAGCUCAAUAAGCUCACUGGUUUUGCUCAAACAAUGCCAUCUGUAUGCCAGAUGGAAAUGCAUCCGGGGUGGAGGAAUGACAAAAUGCUGGAAGCAUGCCAGAAGAAAGGGAUCCAUGUCACGGCGUAUUCGCCUUUGGGAUCACAAGCAAAUGGCCGCGAUCUCAUCCAUGAUUCGACGGUGGAGAAGAUAGCAAAGAAGUUAAACAAGAGUCCCGGGCAGGUUCUUGUGAGGUGGGCGAUCCAACGAGGCACAAGUGUAAUACCUAAAUCAACAAACCCUGAUAGAAUCAAAGAAAACAUGCAUGUCUUCAAUUGGGUAAUUCCGGAUCAAGAUUUCAAUGUUCUAAGUAACAUCUCGGAUCAAGAAAGAGUAUUGCAUGGUGAAGAUCUCUUUGUGAACAAGAACGAUGGACCAUACCGGAGUGUGGCAGAUAUAUGGGAUCAUGAGGACUGAAAUAACUUAAAAAAGUCUAGUUACAAUAAGUAUGGGUGUUUAAAAGUUGUUUUCUUUUUUUUUUGGUGUGUGUAAUAUAUGUCUAGUCAUGUUUGUAACCUGAGAGGCGGAUCGGCUAACGGGUCAAAACGAAGGAAACUUGUACGUAGUAAAAGAUGUUAUGGUGUAGAAUAUGCAAGUUAAUUUGGUUGAACUUUAAUGAAUAAGUUGCAAUGUAUUGUGGUGUUUAAUUAAA